AUGACGUCCGAGAAAGACUCCUUCGAGCUGAGGGAAAAGGAUGAACAACCACCCCAUACCGGAUCGACUCUCGGGAGAGUCCAGUCCAUGACAUACAUCAACCAAAACGAUGUUGACACCCUCACGAGAAUAGCCACUGAACAUUCACACCGGCAACCGGCCCCUGGAACCUCGGAUAACCUAGAAGCCCUCGCCGAACAAGAUCCAGCUCUCGACCCCCAAUCUGGAAAGUUCGACUUGCAAAAAUGGCUAAAAGCGGCUUUCAAAGACCUCAACCGGGAUGGCCCAGCGGGACACACAUCAGACGUCGUUUUCAAAAACCUCAACAUAUACGGAUCGGGCGCUGCGCUGCAGUUCCAAGAUACAGUUACAUCGACCCUGACCGCCCCCUUUCGGUUGCCCCAAAUCAUUCGUGAAUCACACUCUCCUCAAAGGCGAAUCCUCAAGGACUUCAAUGGCAUUUUAAAAAGUGGCGAGAUGCUGCUUGUGCUUGGUCGGCCAGGUGCCGGCUGUAGUACGCUACUGAAGUCCAUGACUGGAGAGCUGCAUGGUUUGAAGAUGGACAAGGAGAGUGUCAUUCAUUACAAUGGAAUUCCUCAAACUCGCAUGAUGAAAGAGUUCAAGGGCGAACUAGUAUACAACCAAGAGGUUGACAGACACUUCCCUCACUUGACCGUCGGUCAGACUUUGGAGUUUGCAGCUGCAACACGAACUCCCGCCCAUCGGUUCCAAGGCAUGUCGCGCGCAGAAUUUGCCAAAUAUAUGGCCCAGAUCAUCAUGGCUGUCUUUGGAUUGAGUCACACAUACAACACGCGCGUCGGAGACGAUUUCAUCCGUGGUGUUUCCGGUGGUGAGCGAAAGCGUGUCAGUAUUGCAGAGAUGGCCCUAGCCCAUGCUCCAAUCGCUGCCUGGGACAACUCCACUCGAGGAUUGGAUUCCGCCACCGCGUUGAAGUUUGUCGAGGCUUUGCGACUAUCCUCUGAUAUCACUGGCGCGUGUCAAGCAGUCGCUGCUUACCAAGCCAGUCAAAGCAUCUACGAUGUAUUUGACAAGGUGAUUGUACUUUACGAAGGCCACCAAGUAUUCUUCGGAGCUGCGUCCGCAGCCAAGUCUUACUUUGAGAACCAGGGCUGGGAUUGCCCGACGCGGCAGACCACUGGAGAUUUCCUCACUUCGAUCUCGAAUCCCCAGGAGCGGAGAGCCAAGCCUGGCAUGGAAAAUCGUGUUCCCCGUACUCCUGCGGACUUUGAGGCUGCAUGGCUGAAGUCACCUGAAUACAAGCAAUUGCUAAAUGAAAUUGCUGAAUAUGAAGGACAAAAUCCUGUUGGAGAUGAUGUGCAAGCCCUAGCUGAUUUACAGAAUUGGAAGCGUGGCGUCCAGGCCAAACAUACUCGACCCAAGUCUCCAUACAUCAUCAGCGUUUAUAUGCAAAUCAGACUCAACACCGUUCGCGCCUACCAACGACUCUGGAACGAUGCUGCCUCCACCAUAUCUGUGGUGGUCACUAAUAUUAUCAUGGCUUUGAUCAUUGGAUCUGUCUUCUACGAUACCCCGAAUGCAACUGUGGGCUUUACGUCGAAAUGUGCAACUCUAUUCUUCGCCGUCCUGCUCAAUGCCCUCACCGCAAUGUCCGAAAUCAACAAUCUUUAUUCACAACGCCCAAUCGUCGAAAAACAUGCCUCCUUUGCCUUUUAUCAUCCCUUCACAGAAGCUAUUGCUGGUGUGAUUAGUGAUAUCCCAGUCAAGUUUGUCUUAUCUGUCGUGUUCAACAUCAUCCUAUACUUUCUAGCUGGUCUGCAACGAGAACCUUCCAACUUCUUCCUCUAUUUCCUCAUCACUUUCAUCAUCACGUUCGUCAUGAGUGCAAUCUUCCGCACACUGGCCGCUGUCACCAAGACUAUUUCACAGGCAAUGGGUCUUGCAGGUGUCAUGAUUUUGAUUCUCGUGGUUUACACCGGUUUUGUCCUCCCUAUUCCGUCUAUGCAUCCAUGGUUCAAUUGGAUUCAUUAUCUCAAUCCGAUCUUCUACGCCUUCGAGAUUCUGGUUGCCAACGAGUUCCAUGCUCGCGAGUUCCCUUGCUCAAGCUUCGUUCCCUCCUAUGCCGACCUAUCAGGAGAAGCAUUCAGUUGCACUGCACCUGGUUCGCUGGCAGGCGCCACAACAGUCAACGGUGACCGGUUCAUGGCACUGAACUACAACUACAGCUACGCCCACGUCUGGCGAAACUUUGGUAUCCUGAUAGGCUUCCUGAUCGCUUUCAUGGCCAUCUACUUUAUCGCGACCGAGCUGAACUCUGCUACUACAAGUGCCGCCGAAGCUCUCGUCUUCCGUCGCGGUCACGAGCCUGCCAGUUUACGCCAGGACCAUAAGUCUGGAUCUGAUGUUGAAAGCACCGAGACAACUAAAGACCACGCUGCUGCGGGUACUGGGGAAAAAGGAAUGGGUGCUAUCCAGGCUCAGACAGAUACCUUCACUUGGCGCAAUGUGUGCUAUGAUAUCGAGAUUAAGGGCGAGCCGCGUCGUCUUUUAGACAAUGUUUCUGGAUGGGUUAAACCUGGAACCCUGACAGCACUUAUGGGUGUCAGUGGCGCUGGUAAGACGACUUUGCUUGAUGUAUUGGCACACCGUACAUCGAUGGGUGUUAUUACUGGUGAUAUGUUUGUCAAUGGUCGUCCACUGGAUCAGAGUUUCCAGCGAAAGACAGGUUAUGUCCAACAGCAGGAUCUUCACCUCGAUACUGCUACUGUGCGUGAGUCUCUGCGAUUCAGUGCAAUGUUACGUCAGCCAGCCUCCGUUUCGGUUAAAGAGAAGUAUGCCUAUGUCGAAGAUGUGAUCAGCAUGUUGAAGAUGGAGGAGUUUGCUGAAGCCAUUGUCGGUGUUCCUGGUGAGGGUCUAAACGUCGAGCAGCGCAAGCUGUUGACUAUCGGUGUUGAAUUGGCCGCCAAACCCAAGCUACUACUCUUUUUGGAUGAGCCUACUAGUGGUCUCGACUCUCAGAGUUCUUGGGCUAUUUGUUCAUUCCUUCGUGACCUUGCUUCGCACGGCCAAGCAGUUCUUUGCACAAUCCAUCAACCCAGCGCCAUGCUCUUCCAACAAUUCGAUCAGCUACUGUUCCUCGCCCGAGGCGGUAAGACCGUGUACUUCGGUCCGGUUGGAGAUAACUCUAGCACAAUGCUCGAGUACUUCGAAUCCAACGGUGCGCGGAAGUGUGCGGAUAACGAGAACCCAGCUGAAUAUAUGCUGGGCAUUGUCAACGCUGGUCAGAAUGACAAGGGCAUGGACUGGUUCGACGUGUGGAAGCAGAGCAACGAAAGCACGGAGGUCCAGAAUGAGAUCAAUCGAAUUCACAAAGAAAAGGAAAAUGAACCCCCCGCCACUGAUGAUUCAGCACAAAAUCACUCUGAAUUCGCCAUGCCGUUCUGGUUCCAGAUUAACGAAGUCACAUACCGCGUGUUCCAACAAUACUGGCGCAUGCCAGCCUACAUUCUGGCGAAAUGGGGGCUUGGAAUUGUCUCUGGUCUAUUCAUUGGUUUCUCUUUCUAUGGUGCCAAAACAUCGCUGCAAGGCAUGCAGACUGUCGUCUACUCCCUGUUCAUGAUUUGUACAAUCUUCUCGUCAUUGGCGCAACAGAUCAUGCCCGUCUUCGUCAGCCAGCGAUCGCUCUACGAGGGACGUGAACGUCCCAGCAAAUCCUACUCCUGGAAAGCUUUCCUCAUUGCCAACAUGGUUGUGGAGCUGCCCUACAUGGUCAUCAUGGGUAUAUUGACCUAUGGCUCCUACUUCUAUGCCGUCGUUGGAAUCCCCGAUUCGCUGACCCAGGGAACCGUCCUCCUGUUCUGCAUUAUUUUCUUCAUCUACGCCAGCACCUUCACCCACAUGGUCAUUGCUGGUCUCCCAGAUGAAACCACCGCCAGUGCAGUAGUCGUUCUUCUCUUCGCGAUGUCUCUCACCUUCUGUGGUGUGAUGCAGCCCCCCGAUGCUCUUCCCGGGUUCUGGAUCUUCAUGUACCGUGUCUCGCCAUUCACAUAUUGGAUCGGCGGCAUGGCAAGCACACAGCUUCACAAUCGUCAGGUGGUGUGCUCGACCGCCGAACUAGCCAUCUUCAAUCCUCCCUCUGGCUAUACUUGCGGGCAGUACCUCAUGAAGUAUGCCGCCGCCGCUGGUGGACAGAUAACUAAUCCCGACGCCACGAGUGAGUGCGGCUACUGCUCUCUCAAAGUUGCGGAUCAGUUCAUGGAAACGGCCGGUAUCUACUACGGUGAUCGGUGGCGCAACUUCGGUAUUAUGUGGGCUUUCAUUCUUUUCAACACCUUCGUGGCUACCCUCAUGUACUAUCUUGUCCGCGUGAAGCGGUGGAACAGUGCGGAUCUGAAGGCCUCGAUGAUGAAAUUCAUUCCUGGGAAGAAAUCGAAGAGUGCCAAGUAA